AUGAAAUAUGAUAAUUUAUCACAUUUUAUUUAUCAUUAUAUAUCAAUUCAAGCUUUUAAAAUUCCAUUAUUAACAAUUCUUAUUGAAAAUGAAUGUGAACUUGAUGGAAAUUGGCUUGAAAACAUUCCAAUUAUUGAUAUACAAUCAAUUCUUAAAGAAAUUCGACGUUAUUUAAAUCCUACUGAUGAUAAUCAUACACGUUUUUCAAGUCGUACAAGUGUUGUGUCAUCAAUUAGUCGUACACAUAAUACAAAUUUCNUGGGUGUUUGCCCUAAAAUACGUGUAAUUAAUUAUCAGAUCGCUUAA